UGUCAAAUCAAUGACAACAAAUAAAUUUCAAAUUGUUUUGGUUUUAAAUUCAUAAUUUGUUAAACAAAAUACGAAUUACUGCAAAAAUAACCAAUAUUUUCUUUCAUUGAGGAUUACCCAUUCGUUCUAUAGUAAUGGCUACAGAUUUAAGUGCUAGUUUCAAUGAACAAUACAUCAAUAUUAAUACGAAGCUGAAAAAGAGGUUUAUGCGCAAACCAAAUAUUUCUGAAGCCACAAAUGAAUUCAUCGCUCUCGCGAUACAAUGUGAGCACUUAGAGCAGCCUGCGUUUGCGGGACAAACAUACAUUGGCGCAGCGAAGUGUGAGGCAUCCGCCGGAAAUUUCCUAGGUGAAGCUGAACAGUAUAUUGCCGCAGCUAGACAAUUUAUGAAAGCUGAAAAAAAGCUAGCAGCAUUGAAGUUUUACAGUCCAGAUAGAGAGAACUUGGAGGCAGGUAUAGGUUGCUAUAUGCAAGCUCUGACUAAAUAUCCAGCUAAGUCUGCAAUCCGCACUUCACUACUAUUAGAAUUGGCCAAUGAGCUCAUAGAACUGGACCAUAAACAUGAAGCUUUAGCAUAUUAUGAGCAAGCAGUUGAUAUAAUUGAAGAUAACACAAUGAAAUUAAUGUGCAUGAGGAAUUUAGUGAACUUACUCAUUAAGUGUGGUAAAUAUGAUAUAGCAUUGGAGACAGCAAACAAAGUUUGUGAUUCAAAUUUUUAUAUUCCUGAGGGUAUUUUGACAGAGUUACAAGUCAGCAGACUUCUUUUGGUCCUUUUAGUAGAUCCUGAUGAGGAUACCAAAUCUGAAUCAUUGAAACAGUUGUUAGAUAAUUUGCUAUAUGACGAAGAUAGUGAUGCCAUUCCAUUCAACAUUGAUUUAAGGUUAAAACUUCAGUCUAUUAUUAUCUCUAGCAGCUCUAUGGACCAACAAUCUCUCAUCAGUGUAGCUGCAGAUACUAAACCAUAUUUUACAAUGGAACAGAGAGAGCUCCUGCAAACUAUUAUUGAAAAGAUGUCUGAAUAAUAAGGAUUUUUUUAUGUGACUCAUUUUAAAAGUUUUUUUUUGGUUAUUGUGAUAAAUAAUUUA